GCGUAGGGCCGUGGAACGGGCGGGAAGGGGUGGCCGCUGGGGUAGGAUGGCGGCGGUCCCGGGCACGGGGGGCCCGGGCGCGGCGGGCGGCGGCGGCGGCGGGGCGCGUGAGGGGGCGCGGGUGGCGGCGCUGUGCCUGCUGUGGUAUGCGCUGAGCGCGGGCGGCAACGUAGUCAACAAGGUGAUCCUGAGCGCCUUCCCGUUUCCCGUGACCGUGUCGCUGUGCCACAUCCUGGCGCUGUGCGCCGGGCUCCCACCGCUGCUGCGCGCCUGGCGCGUGCCCCCCGCGCCGCCCGUCUCGGGCUCUGGGUCCGAUCCGCACCCGUCGCCCGGCCCGCUGCUGCCGCCGCGCUUCUACCCGCGCUACGUGCUGCCCCUCGCCUUCGGCAAAUACUUCGCGUCCGUGUCGGCGCACGUCAGCAUCUGGAAGGUGCCCGUGUCCUACGCGCACACCGUCAAGGCCACCAUGCCCAUCUGGGUGGUCCUCCUGUCCCGGAUCAUCAUGAAAGAGAAGCAGAGCACAAAGGUGUACCUGUCCCUCAUCCCCAUCAUCAGCGGCGUCCUGCUGGCCACUGUCACCGAGUUGUCGUUUGAUAUGUGGGGACUCAUCAGUGCUCUUGCUGCCACACUGUGCUUCUCGCUUCAGAAUAUUUUCUCCAAAAAGGUAUUGAGAGACUCACGGAUCCACCAUCUGAGGCUGCUGAACAUCUUGGGCUGCCACGCCGUCUUCUUUAUGAUCCCCACGUGGGUCCUGGUGGACCUCUCCACUUUCCUGGUCAGCAGUGACCUGACCUAUGUGUCCCAGUGGCCCUGGACGCUCCUGCUUCUGGCUGUCAGUGGCUUCUGUAACUUUGCCCAGAACGUCAUUGCCUUCAGCAUCCUCAACCUCAUCAGCCCUCUGAGCUACUCAGUUGCCAACGCCACCAAGAGAAUCAUGGUCAUCACCGUGUCCCUGAUCAUGCUGCGGAACCCCGUCACCAGCACCAACGUCCUGGGCAUGAUGACAGCCAUCCUGGGCGUUUUCCUGUACAACAAGACCAAGUACGACGCGCAUCGGCAAGCACAGAAGCACCUUCUCCCUGUCACGGCGGGGGACCUGAGCGGUAAGGAGCACCACCGGAGCCCCCUGAAGAAGCCCCACAACGGCGUCCUCUUCCCCCAGCACGGGGACUAUCAGUAUGGCCGCAACAACACCUUAACAGACCACUUCCAGUACAGCCGGCAGAACUACCCAAACUCACACAGUCUGAACCGCUAUGACGUGUAGAGCCUAGAGGAUAGGGUGGGCUGUUCUGCAACCCCCCACGCCCACCCACCCCAGCAGUACCAGGAACUUCUGACAACUGGUGAAUGUACGUCCCGCCGGGGUAUGGUGCGCAACCAUCAGAGGACCCCGGGGCUCCCGGCCCCCGGGGCAGCUGGAUGCCUUCCCUGCCGCGAGGACCACAGCCCCAGAGCACUGGUGUUCACGCCCUUUCUUCCUGGAGUUUGUCAUCUGGGGGCGGCAGCACUACGGAGAGCGUGGCCAGGUUUCCCCUUUCUGUGUGGGCUCAAUCCCCAAGUCGUGUAUUCCGAGUGCUCGUUCUGCUUCUCGGAUAGCAUUUCCAGAAAAUCCUCUGGAAAGGUGGCGUCGUUGUGGAUGUAGACCCUGGCACGGGCGAGAUGGACGGUUUCCCUUCCAGCCUCAUGGCUAUUUGCAGUAACUGGCAAACGCUCCCCAGCAAACAGCUGUUGGCAGUGAGCAUUGAAUUCGUAGAGGCUGAUUCUUUGACCAGCAAGUCAGAGCUGUGUGUCAGGAUCCAGAGGGAAGAGCGGAGCAGGGCAUUGGUCCUCUCAGAGCAGUGAGGAGACUAGGGCUGGGAGAGGAAUCUAGGAAAUCAAGUUCAGUGUCUCAAACUCUAUUUCUGCCUUUUUUUUUUGGUCUUUCUUGGUGGGUCUUCACUGCUGUGACGAUUUAGUAGGAUGUCGAGGAGAUGUUGAUUUCAUGGAGAUCUCUCAUUUUUGUAGGAAAUGUUUUGUACAAUAGUUGUGUAUUUAUGCCUUGGACCCCAGUAGGAGGUGCAUACAGACUGGCUUAUAGAUUGAAAACCCUUUUGCUUUAAAUGUUUAAAAACAAAAAAAGUUCCCACUGCUGAUGCCUGACACAUAUCAGCAUUUGGUAGGAAACGAUGAGGUGUUGAGAAGCACCUCUCAAAUGACCAUAAUCGCUAAAAGCAGAAUGAAUCAAGAAUACCAAUUAUCUGGACGGUUUGUGUGGCAGACAAGAGCAGUGGUUUGAUUCCGUGUCCUAUUCUUGUGGUGCUUACAUUAGGAUCUGAAUCAUGUUCUGGUGAAGGGAAAAGAGGCGAGCAGCAAGCUAGGAUCUGGUUUGUCAA